GCAGGCGACUGAAGGAGCCAGAAGCCUCCCCUGCACACCCAGAGGAGGAGCUGGACCCAGGAGAAGCCAAGGACAGGCUUGGGCCACCGGGCCCACAACUCCCAGACUGCCUAGAAGGACUGCUCUCCUGGCCAGAGGUGACAGAGUCCCGAGGACCUACACUGGACUCAGUACUUGGAGGAACUUGCAUUGGGUAAAAGGCAUUCUUGAGCUGAAGAUUUUGUAAGAGUCAUCAAAAUGUGGAAUGCUGUGGCUAAAAACCUAUUCAGGACCAAAGUCUACCAAGACUAUUCACACAUGCUGCUGCUAGUGAAAAAGGACAGGAGUAUUCUUACUAGACUGCCUUCCUCUAGGAAUUGUUGGCAGCAUACCGCUGGAGCAGUUCAGCCUUUCAACAUGAGUGCGAGUAUCAAGAAGGUGGAAACUUUGGACGUGAAUAAUUUUGUCUGCAUUCACUGGGGAGAUGGGAGUAAGAGCCUUUACCCUGCUGUAUGGCUAAGAGACAACUGCCAGUGCCCUAACUGCUUCCUGCAUUCUGCUAAAGCACGCAAACUGCUUUUGGAAGACCUGGAUGUUACCAUCGCAGUGAAGGAGGUCACUUUGACAGAUACGCAAAAGGUAUAUGUUACAUGGCCAGACAAACACACCAGUGAAUUUGAGGCUGAAUGGCUGAAGAAAAGGUGCUUUUCAGAACAAGCCAGAGCAGAAAUGCAAGAAGAAUUAUUUUUACCAGAAUGUAAAUAUUGGGGCUCAGAUCUGCAGCUCCCACAUAUGUCUUUUGAAGAAGUCUUACACAGUGAUGAAAGUGCCUACAAGUGGCUUUCUACCCUUAAAAAAGUAGGAAUUGUGCUGUUAACAGGAGCUGCCGCUAGACAGGGAGAAUUGGUUAAACUUGGCAAAAGGAUUGGUUUCCUGCGUCUCACAUUUUAUGGACCUACUUGGCAAGUGGAAGACAAAAUGGAUGCUAAUAAUGUGGCUUACACAUCUGGGAAGCUAAGUUUUCACACUGAUUACCCUGUUCUUCAGCAUCCACCUGGGAUUCAGUUUCUUCAUUGUAUACAACAAGCAGCGACUGGAGGCGAAAGUGAAGUUGUGGAUGGAUUUUAUGUAUCCAACAAGCUGAAGGAGAAAAAUCCUCAAGCCUUUCAGAUUCUCUCCUCCACUCUUGUAGACUUCACAGAUGUUGGGACUGACUACUGCGAUUUUGCUAUGCAGUCUAAACAGAGGAUUAUUGAUGUAGAUUACAGAGGCCAGGUGGUUCGUAUCAAUUAUAAUAAUGCAACAAGAGACACUGUAUUUGACAUACCUGCUGAAAACGUGCAGCCAUUUUAUGCAGCACUGAAGGAGUUUGUUGAUCUAUUGAAUGAACCGGAACAUACGGUUACCUACAAGAUGAAACCCGGAGACAUAGUAACAUUUGACAACUGGCGUUUACUGCAUGGCCGCCGGAGCUACCAGUCAGGGACAGAAAUAGCCCGUCACCUUGAAGGUGCUUAUGCAGACUGGGAUGUGGUAAUGUCAAGACUCCGACUCUUCAGGAACAUUGUCCAGAAUGGCAAUUAAACUUUCUUCUGGUAUAAUAAUUAGCAAUGCCUAGGACAGCUCACCCGUUUUAAAAAAUAUAAAUGUAUUGAAUUUCCAAUACCAAGUGUACAUUUUAAACCUUUGCUAAUGUAACCUUUGAAAGACUGAAUAUAUUUUUGAAAGGUAUGUUUUGUUGAAAUAAGGUAUCUCACAGUACAUCUUUAUUCUGCUGUCACCAUAAGUGGUAUCUCAGCCUGCUGUAUUAGUCUGAGGCUAAUUAGAUACCAAUACAUCACAAAUGAGUCUUCUCUUAUUAGGAAUCAAUCUCUCCAGGUGCUUGUUACCCAUUUAGGGGUUGUAAAGGAGAUCAGCUUUCUGCAAAUUUUUUAAAUCUCUUUUCAAAUAUGUAAAAGCAUUUUAUAUAUAAUGACAAACUUUCUUCAAACUUCCCUUCCCCCCCCCAAAAAAAAAAACCAAUAACUUUAGGCUCUACCGUGAUAGUAACAAGAAAUUCUACUCUGAAAAGUGAUUAUUCAAAAAUAGCAUCUUACUAAACAAAUCUCUUCUUUAUGCAUGUUCAGAGCCAUUCCUGUUUAAUGUCACACCCAAAAGUAAAUGGUUAGUACUUUUUAUUCCACUUAGCUCUAAAGAGUCUAUACAGCUGUAGGAGACCAAAUGGAUUCAAACCUCUCCUUGUUGUUAGUAGUAUUACAAUACUAACUAAAGUCCUGAGAUCAGACCCUACUGUAGGUGCUUUGCAUAGGCUUAGUAGAAGACUCUCCCUGUCCUGAACAGCUUAUAGUCUGUAUAGAUGAAGGAUACAGACCCUCUUGGCCCCAUUUUACAGCUAGGAACUAAGGCACUGAGAGAUUCAGCAUGAGAUUCACAAGGAGGACUAGGCUUAGCAUUGCAAACCCUAACUUUUAGGCACCCUGCCACCAUGUGAAAUUCACAGCCCUGAAUUAAGCACCCAAGUUUCCUAUACACCACCAGGGGAGAUUUACCUAAAGAAGGGAUUCAAAAAGCCAGCAGAUUGAGAUGGGAGCUGCCUG